AUGAAGGCUCUGUCCCCCGUUGCUAUCUUCGCAUCGAGUCUGUUGCUCGCCCCGAGUGCGGUGUCGGCUGCAUGCUCCAGCUGGUCGUCACUUUACCAGGAUGUAUUGGAGGGCGUCUGUGUCUGUAACGCGACUCAAUGCGAUACAAUUGUCGGCGACCACACGAAUCUCGAGGAGGGUGAGAUUGGCAUCUACACCACGGCCAAGGCCGGCGCUCGCUUAAAGUACACGGUGGGGAAAAUCGACGCAUCCCCGGUAGACGAACCCACCUACACCAUCGACGUUACCACGCAAUACCAGACCAUGCUCGGCUUCGGUGGAGCCUUCACGGAUGCAGCAGCCAUCAACCUAUAUAAAUUGUCACCCAAGCUGCAGAAUUUGGCCAUGGAUCAAUACUUCUCCAAGAAGGGCCUUGAGUACAAUAUGGCUCGUGUACCGAUCGGCUCGACCGAUUUCUCUACGAGAACCUACACAUACAACGAGAAGGUGGACGAUUUCAAGAUGACCAACUUCACUAUCGCGUCCGACAAGGCACCAUUCUCGCACAAAAUCGACCUGAUCCAGCGUGCUCUUAAAAUGACUGAGCUAAAGUUAUUCGCGUCGUCGUGGGCACCCCCGCUUUGGAUGACGAGAGGAGACUCGGUCGUAGACUGCAAGAUGAAAGGAAAGCCUGGAGAGAAGUACUGGGCGGCACUGGCGCUGUACUAUUCCAAGUUCUUUGACGCCUACAAGGAGGAAGGUAUCAACUUCUGGGCUAUGACAGUUCAGAAUGAGCCUGAGAAACCUCCUCUCGCUGUUUCCCAGUGGGAAACGCUGCGCUUGACUGCCGAGGAAGAGAGAGAUUUUAUUAAACUGGACCUUGGUCCGUUGAUGGCGAAAAAGUACCCCGACCUAAAGAUUAUGGCCAACGAUGACCAGAAGCCUGGUAUCAUGGAUCGCUCAGCGCCGUUUGAUGACCCGGAGUCGAAGAAAUACUUGAGUGGGCUUGCCUUCCACUGGUACCAGAAUCUCGACUUUAUCUUGCCGCUCGCUGGCAACUUUAAGAAUCUGGAGAAAUUCCACAAGGCUCAUCCCGACAUGUUCAUGCUCGGAACGGAAGCGUGUGAAGGAUUCUUGCCCGGCAUCAUCGGUACCGGCAAGGGACCCUCUCUGGAUGAUCCAAAGAAGGCGUGGAAGCGAGCUCAGAACUACGCACGUGACAUCAUUGAGAACAGCAACAACAUGGCUGCCGGCUGGGUCGAUUGGAACCUGUUCCUGGAUACGGACGGUGGUCCGAACUGGGCGAAGAACAUGGUGGAUGCGCCGAUUCUUGUCGAUGAGCAGAAUGGCGCCGAAUUCUACAAGCAGCCCAUGUUUUACAUCAUGGGCCACUUCUCAAAGUUCGUACCGCCGGGAUCGAAGCGCAUCGAAUUUCCAAAGACCGAGACACUGAGCGACUUCCACCGCUGCGCUUUUGUUACCCCCGACAACCAAAUUGUGAUGCAGUUCUUGAAUCGCGACGACGACCCGGUUUCGAUAAGCGUCAAGCAGACGGACUCGAACACGUUCUCGCUGACGCUGCCGCCCAAUUCGAUGCAGACAGUUAUCCUCCCGGCUUCCGAGGAUACCAAAAUCCUGUAG